AUGGCUACGACUCUAACCGGCGAACAGAUUGAAGAACUGAAACAGCAGGCGGCCGACCACUUCUGGCCUCACAACAACCCUGCCGGCAACAUGGAUGAUGGCGGCAUCAAGCUGGUGCAGAGUGGCAAAGGCGUCUGGGUCGAGGAUGUGGAGGGCGAGCAGUGGUUCGACACUAUGGCUGGCAUGUGGCUUAAGAACAUCGGGCACGGCCGCAAGAGGCCCUCCACGGUUGCCGCCUUCAUUGGCGAGCCUAUCUCAGCGGCAGCGGGCAUCCACGUACCUCAUCCCGAGUACUGGCCCACCAUCCGAGAGAUAUGCGAUAAGUACGGCGUCAUCAUGAUUUGCGACGAGGUCAUCACCGGCUUUGGGCGCACCGGCAAGAUGUUCGCCACUGAGCAUUGGGGCGUCAAGCCUGACAUCUUCACCGUCGCCAAGGCGCUCACGAGCGGCUACAUUCCCAUCGGUGCCGCAAUCGCCAGCAAAAAGGUCUCCGACGCCUUCAUGGGCGAAGACGCCACCUUCCGCCAUCUGAUAACUUUCGGCGGUAACCCUGUAGCCUGCGCGGCCGGCCUUGCCAACCUCGAAAUCAUGGAAGGUGAGGGAAUGGUCGAAAACUCCGCCGAGAUGGGCACAUACAUGUACGAGCAGUUGCAGACGCUCUACGAGCACCCAAUAGUCGGUGAUGUUCGCGGAGGCAUGGGAUUGCUCUGCGCAGUAGAACUGGUCAAGGACAGGGAUACAAAGGAGUCCUUCCCCGCCGAGGCUAAGCUCUCCGAAAAGAUUGCCCCGCUUAUGAACGAGCAUAAUCUGCUCGGCAGGCCCGGCAACAGCAUCUACCUCGCACCGCCCCUCUGCAUCACGAGAGACGAGGUUGACCAUGUGGUCUCACAGGUUGACAGCGUCAUAACCAAGCUCGAAGCGCAACUCUAG